AUGACUUCCUAUUUUGCAUAUUGGACAAAUUGGUGGAACGAUGUGGACCAGCAGAUGCGUAACCUUGCAGGCGAAAACGAGUUGCUGCGCAAAGAGUACGAGGAGACUGUCAAAUGUAUGACAGUUCUUCGCGACCAGAACCGCGCACUAAGCCUGUGGCGCGACGACACCAUGAAGCAACAGAAACAGCUUCAAGCCCGCGGCAGAGCUAAGAACGACCAGAUUCGUGAGCUCCAGAAAGAGGUUCUCCGUUACAAAAAGACCAUCUCGAGCUCGAAUUCUUGUCCGACUCAGCUGUCGGACACAACCAUCCAGAGCAAGAUGGAUGCUCUCUUCCAUGCUGUCAGAGACUGGGCAGUUGACAGUGUGCGUCGAGACAGUGCUUUGUUCGACUCGAUGGAUGAAGGUGUAUCAGAGUGGCUCUAUCAUCAGAUUCCUCGGGGCAAGGAAGGCUCCUCGACUCAUAAGGUCAAUGCGCUUGUUGUCUUCGUGUCCAAAGCUCUUGUGCAAAGCUCAAACCAGAACUGGGUUUUCGGCGUGGCUGCAGAGAAGUCAGAUUCUCUGAUCGCAAUGGCCAACCGUCUGAACGCUAAAAUUGAAUCGAUACCUGCGUUGGCUGUCGAAAAGAAGAAACAGUGGGUUAUGCUCACUAACGGACUGAUCUCCAAGGAUGAAGAUUCUGUCGAGGAGUCUCUGGACGUCUGGACUCAGGUGAUUGUUCAAAAGGUCGAGCAGUACCUCGGACAAGAAGGCAGGGAUUUGGAGAGCCCUACAAUCGCUGGACUUCGUUUUGCUAUCAGACCUCAUAUCCAUGUCAUCCAAGCCUUGCACCACCAGGAGGCCGACUACUCGAUUGUUCUCCUUACGGCAACGAAGGAAAAUUUCCGUCGCAAAUUUCUUCCUGACAGGAUGGACGAGGUCAAUGGAGAAGAAGGUGGAGUUGUUCAAGCUUCAUUCUUCCCUAUCGUGUACAAAGACGUCGUCAUCGACAAGAAGGUUGAGCGCGUCGUGAUCUGCAAGGCGAAAGUCAUGGUCGGACCCUGA